UGCUGCUGGAGUUGGAUUUGGUAUCUAUGUAAAAACUAUCUGGACAAAGUUCAAGUUCCAAACAAGCUCAAAUUUUCCUCAUCUGUUGUAUAUUCGUUGUGUUUUUAGUAUUAAAUUACUGUCUCUAAGAAUCUUUAUUUAUUGGCUGAUUUAGAGAGCUUUUACAUAGAGCACGACGAUACAAUCCGUAAAAACAUAGCAUUUAUACAGUAAAAAUGGCACUCCACUUACUGAAACCGGUGCUCGGGAAUAAUGGCCGGUCGUUUUGUACCUCCACGCUUAAAAUGACAAUAAACAAUGUCACUGUUAUCGGAGGUGGUACAAUGGGGGCAGGAAUAGCACAGGUCGCCGCAGCAUCCGGUAACACUGUCAAUUUGGUGGAUGUUAGUGACAGUGUUCUGCAAAAGUCGAGAGCAGCAAUUGAAAAAAGUUUGGCGAGGGUGGCUAAGAAACAAUUUAAGGACGACCCAACCAAAGGAGAGGCUUACGUCUCUCAAGCUCUAUCGAAACUUCAGUACAUCACAGAUUCGAAGAAAGCUGUUGAAAAUGCAGAUUUAGUAAUCGAAGCCAUUAUCGAAGACCUUCAACCGAAAAUAGAACUGUUUGAAAAGCUGGACAAGCUUGCUCCACAAAAGACAAUUUUUGCCAGCAACACUUCUUCCAUUCCAAUAACUGAAAUAGCGUCAAAGUGUACAAGAAAGGAUCGGUUCGGAGGGCUUCAUUUUUUCAGUCCUGUCCCGAUGAUGCGGCUGUUGGAGGUCAUUCGCAUUUCAGACACUUCAGACGAGACUUACCAUAAAAUGGAUAACUGGGGAAAGUCCAUCGGAAAAGUUACCGUGACCUGCAAAGACACGCCCGGAUUCAUCGUCAAUAGACUUCUUAUUCCAUAUUCAAUCGAGGCUGUGAGAAUGGUUGAAAGGGGAGAUGCUACCCAUCAAGAUGUUGAUACUGCAAUGAAGUUGGGUGCUGGUUAUCCUAUGGGCCCGUUUGAACUCGCUGAUUCCGUUGGUGUGGACGUUGGAUAUUAUGUAGCAGAAGGCUGGUCAAAACGGUUUCCCAAUGAUCCGCUUUACAAGCCAUCCGAACUUGUGAGAAAGAUGGUGAAAGAAGGGAAGUUGGGUCGAAAGACUGGAGAAGGGUGGUACAAAUAUCAAAAGUAAUGAUUAUUCAAAUAAGAUCGUAACAGGUUUAAAAAUGAUCGAUCAUAUUUUUUGAAAUAUUCAAUAAAUGGACCAGUUACCUAAGGCUAAUGUAAA